GAAAACGCGACCAAGUUCUCAUAUAAUCCUCUCAGAGCCACUAGUCCGGCGAUCGCCAGAGCUUAGCGCUUGAGGAAUGAGCAAAGCCACGGCCGCGAUGAAGGUCGCCGUGAUCGGUAGCGGAAUUUCUGGUGCGGUGUGUGCUUCGACUCUCGCCCGGAAUGGCGUCUCCGUCACGCUCUUCGAGUCUGCUCGUGGACCCGGUGGACGCAUGUCUCAGAGAAGCAGAGAAAUUAGCGAAGAUGGGAAGGAUUUGCUGUUCGACCAUGGGGCUCCGUUUUUCACUGUGAGCAGCAACUCAGAUGCACUGACUCUGGUUCAUGAUUGGGAAUCGAGAGGCGUUGUUUCUGAAUGGACGCCAACUUUUGGGAGUUUCGAUUGUACCUCCAACAAGUUCCUUGGCCCCCAACAGCAAUGUGUUCAGGAAGGAUCUGAGAAGAAGUAUGUGGGUGUGCCCGGCAUGAACUCUAUAUGCAGGACCUUGUGCCAUGAUCCAGGUGUUGAAAGUAAGUUUGGUACCGGUAUUGCAAAGCUUGAAUGGAUGGAGGAAGAAACAUCAUGGUCGUUGGAAGAUUCAAAUGGAGAAAAUCUGGGUUCUUUCUGUGGAGUAGUUGCAUCAGAUAAAAGCAUUGCUUCUCCAAGGUUUACUGACCUAACGGGACGACCACCACCUCUGAAUUUAAAUUUGAUUCCGGAACUAGCAAAUAGGUUGCAAGAUAUUCCUGUUCGUCCUUGUUUCGCUCUCAUGCUAGCUUUCAAGGAGCCACUGUCUUUGAUACCGACAAGUUGCAUAUCAUUCAAGAAUUCUGAGAUCUUGAGUUGGGCUCAUUGUGACAGCAGCAAGCCAAGCCGGUCAACUGAAAGUGAGAGGUGGAUACUACAUUCAACUCCAGAGUAUGCCAAUAGGGUUGUUGAGCUAACUGGCCGCCGAAAGCCCUCGAAUGAAACAUUGAACAAAGUGUCUGAAAGAAUGUUCCAGGAAUUUCAAAGCUCGGGUCUCGUCAGCUCUCAACCCUUUUUCAUGAAAGCCCACAGAUGGGGGAGUGCAUUCCCUGUUAUAAGCAUAGCCAUGGAGGAGAGAUGCCUCUGGGACAGGAAGAGGAGACUCGCAAUCUGUGGAGAUUUUUGCAUCAGUCCGAACGUCGAAGGUGCUAUACUCAGUGGCUUAGCUGCAGCCUCCAAACUUUCAGAGAUAUCUAGCUGCUUAUAACAAUUCUAUUCACGGGUAAAUCAUAAACAAAAAGAAUGUGCAGAGACAUGGCCGUACAAUUGCUUCCCCUGCCCUAUUCACAGAUGAUAUUGCAUGUAAUCUUGUACUGUUUGAUCUGCUUCAAAAGGCCUCCAAAUCACAUUCAGUUUGAAAGAAAGGUAUAUAUUUACAUA